CGCGGACGUCGCCGACUUCCUAUCUUCUGUCAGGGGAGCGGGGCGUGCGGAGGAGGCAGAGGAGGCGGGAAGGUGGCUGUGGUUGAAGGGAUAAUUGCUGACUUGCAGGAGGUCCGAGGGAGCGGGCAACCAUGGUGAUGGCGGCGAAGAAGGGUCCAGGCCCGGGUGGCGGGGUCAGCGGGGGUAAGGCGGAGGCGGAGGCGGCCUCGGAGGUGUGGUGUCGCCGGGUGCGGGAGCUGGGCGGCUGCAGCCAGGCAGGGAACCGCCACUGCUUCGAGUGCGCCCAGCGCGGGGUCACCUACGUGGAUAUCACCGUGGGCAGCUUCGUCUGCACCACCUGCUCCGGCCUCCUCACUCCCUGUUCUGUUUCCUGUGACUGCCCAGGGAGCAGCCAGGUGACUCCAUUUGCGGCCUCUCCUCUCGCACCUGCCAGUCAGCCCAACAGCCUCACAGAUAUGAGCAGCCUCCUGGCGCCCGGAGCAUCACCUGGAGGUAUCCCUAGCAGCAUCUUCGGGGUGGCCGGCCAGGUCCCCACGCUCCAGUCGGCCACAGCUGGGGGAGGCGGCAGCACGGGGCUUGCCUUUGGAGCCUUCACCAACCCUUUCACAGUACCUGCCGCUCACCCUCAGCUGCCUUCCACCAACCCUUUCCAGCCCAACGGCCUGGCCACAGGGCCCAGCUUUGGGAUGAGCAGUGCGGGGCCUGGCUUCCCCCAGACAGUGCCACCCACCAGGGCCUUUGUCAGCACCUUCCCACCACCACUGUUCCCCCCACAGACCUCGAUGACUCAGCAGCAGAAUGGUUCUUCCUUCAGCGACUUAGGAUCAGCCAAGCUGGGACAGAGGCAACUGAGCCAGCCAGCUGGGACCUCUACCAACCCCUUCAUGACUGGAUCCUCAUCAAGCCCGUUUGCCUCCAAACCUCCAACCACCAACCCAUUCUUGUAGCACUUUGUCCUGGGGGGGGCUCUUCCCUGUCCUGUGGGGCCCCUCUACUCCCAGGAGCUCUGGUGACCAUUUGCCUGUGGCAUUUCUGUGGGUCUGAGACCAGAAUGGGCCUUGUUUUGUAGGGAAGGGGUCUUGGGGAUGGUGGAGGUGCUAAUGCUUUGCUUGGGGCUUGCAGAUAAAAGGGCAGCUUCCCGGGUCAGCUGCCCCCAAGGCUUCCUCCCAUCCUCCCUCCAGCCCCUACCCAGGCAGGAGGCCCAAGAGGAGAGAAGGCAGGACCUGGCCUAGAGGAGUGAUGGUGUUUGAUUUCUCAAAUUAUUAAUUAUAAUGACAAUAAUCCUCCUUUCCUGCCCUCAGCAUACAUAGUGGUCCCUUCACUCCCAACCGUGUGGGCCGAGGAAGCUGUGGGCACAGACUGACCCGUAUUCCCCUGUGGGAGCAAGCCUUCCCCCAUCCCCAACUUUCCAACACUGGUCUCCUUGUGGACAGAAGCACAGUGGGAAAAGCAGGGUCAAGGUGGAGUUGAGGCAUGGUGUUGACCUGGGACAGUGAUCAGACAGGCUGAGAAGGCUGAGGGGGGCUGGGGAGGGGCGCUUGGGCCAGCAUCCCCCUUUUCUCCCCACCCCUACCAGGGCAGAAGGCCCUCCAUGGUUUUGCUUCCCCAGCUCUCUCCCUCAUCCUGGGUACUCAGGAUGAAUAAUAGUUUUACCUACAUACUUAGACAUGCCCAACUCCUGUCAAGCACUUUAGUUUGCUGUGGUGUCAUGUUUGGAUACCAGUGUUUUAUAUUUAUACAUAGAGAAUUUUCUAAUAUAGCCUAUUAUAUAUAUAUACGCACACGCGCACACACAUAGAGAUAUAUAUACACAUGCCGCCAUUCUCCUGCUCCCAGACAGCUCUUCCACAUGGGGAAUGGAAUGGAUCCCCAUCUGUGCCUCGACCAGCAGAGCGGGAGCUCCAGAGGGUGGUGGGGAGGGCAGUCACAAGUCCUGACCACCCCCAGAGCCUGGGCUUUUCCAGGGAAAGGCUUUGUGCAAUUGGCUGGUUUUCUCCUUUCUUUUUCCCCAUGUGCCUCCCCCACCCCCCAAAAUCUCUGCACCAAAGCUGUCGCAGGCAAUGUUGGAAAAGAACUGCAUUUGAAAGAAAAGGGAAA